CUGGUCAUUAUAUUAGCCAACACUUUGAUCAUGUAUUUGGCUCUAAGGGAAGCAUUUUCAGCAAAAGUCAAGAAAAAGAUUAUUCAAGAGAAGGAUAUCUCGAAUACGACAACCAAUUCGCACAUCAGUUCAAUUGCAGAUCAACUUUCAAAGAGUUUCUCAUGGAUGAAAGGCUUUGUAUCACUGGUUGUUGUGUUGGGAAUCACUUGGAUUUCGUUUCUUCUGUAUAUCCAUGAGUUCGGGCAAUGGUUUUCCUAUCUAUUCAUUAUAUUCAAUGGAUUGCAGGGCGUUUUUAUAUUCAUGUUUCAAAUACUACUUAACGAGAAGGCGCGGACAUUCGUGCGAAAGUCAUACCAGAGUAGACACCCGUCGAGAUACCUGUCCUCAGUAUACAGGACUGCCUCAAGUAAUAUGUUCACAAGUAUGCGCUCAAAAUCGUUGAGUAAAACCAUUUCGCUCGAGCCCUCCAACGACUCGUCUAAUGAUAAUGGGGGUCACAGACGGGCCACCAAACAGGAGAGCAAUGCAUCGGAAGCCAGUCAUAGGAGUCAAUCCAUUUCCAUCAAAAGAGUCAGAAAUGCGUCCAAUAAUCAAAUAAUUAGCUUUUAA